GUGUUUGUUGUGUAUUUGCCAUCUGCAUGGGACUUUAGCAUGUUCACGGGGAGCUGGUUGCACGUCCAUAGGAUCAGCUGCAGAUGAAGAAGCGUCUGUACAGAGACAGCACUGGAUCCCCUGCCUGAGUAGCAGUCUGCAGUCCUCCAGAUGUGGUUCAACGACAAGCCCCAAAAUCCAGCUCCUUCAUCUCUAUGACCCUGGAAGACUGGGAAUGGAUUGCAAUCAGCUCUCAGUCCGGUUGUUGCUGGUGUUAUCGGUUAUGUUUGGAGUGCGCGCUGGAUUGGCCAAGCUCCGGUGCGAUGCUCCUGCAAUAGACCUGUGCCAGCAACAAGUGACCGUGACGUGUGAGGCAUAUGAUGGUGCAACGGCAAUUACAGAAAUACAUGUUUUUUAUGGAGGACCAUGUUUAAACUAUCAGACCGAUAACAAAAACAUCAUGCAGGUCAGAACUGAAAAUGUAAGUGUGAGCCUCAAAGACCGGGUGGUGACACUGACGUUGUUCGGUAUAAAUACAGAUGAACAGAAGUGUUUAAAACUUAGGAUCAUCACUCCAGAAGGAACUCCUGAGAAGAAUUUAAACAUCCCCAAAGCAACAAAAGAAAUUCACUGUAAUGACCCAGUGAUAGAUACAUGCCAGCAAACUGCGACUAUAAAGUGCAGGACUAAUAAAAGCAUAAGAAAUGUGACAUUAAACUGGAGCCUAAAUGGGAGCAAUCACACCAUCUACAUUGACACACAGAAUAUGAGCGCUAAGCAGCAGCAGCAGAAUCAAGACAUCUCAGUGGAAAUCCAAAACACACAGUUGAUGCUGACUUUUCCCAAUAUCAAGAUUUAUAACAAUACGAUACUCAGGGUUGAGAUCAACACACCAGCUACAACACAGUCAUGUGGGAUUCCUCUCCUCAGCCACCAUUAUGAAGGUGAUUGCAAACCUGAAGCAGAUACGAGUGCUUUAACUCCUGAAUCCCAGACUGGCCAAAACUAUAUUGUGAUUUUUCUCUCCCUUGGUUUGGUAUUGAUCGCUGCAGCUGCAGGUUAUUGGUUGUGGCGCAAGAAAAUAUCCCCUCCCCGAGAACCACGAGAACGCAGUGAAUCCCAGGGGCCACUGAUUGAGGAUGCCGCACAAACUCUGGAAAUUCCCAGCAGAGACUAAAUAAACCAGCAAGAACCUAUCAUUCAAAUGAAACCAUCUUUGGUUAUAUCCUUCUGCCAUUGCUUGUCUGAACAGAAACUGAAAUGCACCAAUGAAUAUUCCAUCAACAAAGCUCAGGAAAACUGUACAUAAAAUGUCAUACAUCUCAAGAGCCUUAUAUGUUCAUUAUGCAAAAUACACUGUAAAUUGCCAUAACGUUAAUUAAAGUGCCUCUAGCAGUUAAAAUCGUGAUUGCUUCCAGACACCUGGGCCCAAACCUCUAUAUGGCCUAGCUUUGCUCAUAAAUGUAGCACAGGUAAAGGAAACAUAAGGGAAAUCAAAGCAACAGAGACAUAAUUAUACAUUUACCGAUUUGUAUUUCCGUUAGAUACAUAGAAGUGGAUAAAAAGAAAGGUAGGUAGAAUGACCCAGUAAUAACAAUGUGGUUAAAGAGUUUUCUUUCCAGCCAAGCCUUGCAUUCUACCUAUGGGGGGGGGGUCAUAGAUCAGCAGAAAAGUGAGUAAGCAAACUGUGGGGCAAUGAGUACAGAAAGACAUGACUGCAUUUGCUCAAGACUGCCACACUAAAACAAAAUAUCAACAGUAGGACAAUAUUGUGACAGCACCAGCUACCAUGGAGACAGUAGGACAAGAUGGAGACAGUAGGGCACGAUGAAGACAGUAGGACAAGAUGGAGACAGUAGAACCA